AUGCCUAGCAACGACGGCAGCGACGAUAACGCAUGCCCCACCUGCUGGGGGGACUUCAGCGAGGCGCCAUGCGCCGCUCUCCUCUGCGGCCACGCGUACCACCAGGACUGCCUGCAGAUGGCCAUGAACGUGGGCCGCGACGUCGAGCUGCGCACGUCUCUGGCGGGGCCAGUUGGGAGCGGCGCGCCUCUCUCGCCAGAGCCCUCGCCGGGCGUUUCAGGGGCGGCGGCUGCGGGGAACUCCCUGUCGCAUGCCCCCAGCCAAAGCCCUGGCGCGGCGCCCGCCCCGGCAGCGCCGGCUGCGUCGGCUGCGGCGAUGAGCCCUGCUCACGGCGCGCAGGUGUCACAGACUCAGGCGUCGCCGGUGCCCCUGACGGCUAACGGGAGCCCAGUGCAGCAUUUGCAGGACGACGAUUGGGGCCUCUCCUUCAAGGGCUGCGCCAAGGCGGCUGGCUCCGCCGCGGUGCGCGACCCGAUGGAUGACCUCGCGGCCGAGCUCGGCAAGGUGACCACCGAGCGCCAUCUCAAGUCCAUCCUGUGCCCGGCGGACUUGUUCAAGGGCUCGUGCUACGACCUCACUAACGCCAAGGCGGUCUACGAGUCGGUGAAGUUCCUCUUGCGCACCAUCCACUCCGGCCAGGAGACGCACUUGGAGAUUUGCAACGACCUCGGCUUUUCCCUGAGGUGCCUCACUACGGAGCCGCACAGGAAAGCCAUCCAUGCCUGCGCGCUGCGCAACGGCUGGCCGCAGGAGGGUCUUCUCCAGGGGAUCGCGGCCACGACGGGCUGGCUGGAGAACGUCAAGACCCGCCUCGCUCUCUCCGAGGGCGACGUUCACCAUCGGAGCCCGAACGUCCCUGGAUUCAUGGGCGGGCCGCCCUCGACCCGCAAGAGCAGCCUGCACGAGUUCGUGACCAAGUGGCGCGUGGACAGCCCGGACAUCGAGCAGGACCUGCGGGAGGGCCGGCACACCGCGGGCGAUGGCACAGUCAAAGGCCACAGGAGCGCCAUUUUGAACACUGGCCGGUCUGGCGCUACUUCGGCCGAGGCGAGCUCCGUGCACGAGUGCCCCCAGUCGGAGAAUACGAAGGGGAUCAACUACAUCAGCAGGGUGACCAUGCUGAAGUUCGUCAACUGCGAGCGGGACACGAGCGUCACAGCCCAGGGCAGCAUGUCUCUCGACUACUACUCGUACUUCCAUUGGGUGUUGGGGCAGAUCGGGCCAUGCGAAUACAUACUGAGGCCCAACGAUACCGGCUUCGCAAAGCGCUUCAGCAUGCUCUUCGUCCUCAGCGCCGAGAACGACGCGUCGCAGAUCUGCGCCUCCUCCCAGGAGUUCUUGCGCAAGCACUGCGGGUGGAUGGGCCGCUUCGCGGAGCCGCGCGAGGAGCGCCAUUGGCCCGAUGGCUUCGCGAGCAGCAUGCUGUCCGCCGCGACGCAGGCCACGGAGGAUUUCCUCGCGGAGACCCCAGACGUGGACAAGAACUGGGCGCAGAAACUUCUCUUCAGCGACGCGGACAUCAGUCGCUACGCCAACGUGGCCAUGCGGUCGGCGCAGUUCUGCGGUUCCCUGACUUCGAUUCCAGGAGGGGCCGACCAGCCCGCCCGGCGCUGCUACAAUGUCCACGAGAUGGCCGUGGCGCUCCACAACUGGACGCGCCAGAUCCACGCCCACCACGGCUUCUACAUCUCUCGGGCGACAAUGGCGCCGGCGGAUCCACCACGCCAGAACCGCAUCCACCACCCGCCCUCCGACGCAGCCGGCGGCCCGCCGUCGUCUUCCGAGGGCUCUGGGAUGACGAUUCGGCAGUUCGAGGCGUCCUUGACGAAGGAGGAGUGGUUGAAGCGCGCCGCGCUGAAGCGGCCCGGGUGCGGGGUGGAGUCGACCGACAAGCUGCGCACUGCCAUGAAGGCGGGGAUGAAGAACAAGGAGAUCACCAGGGCGUCGCAAGCCUUGGAGAACGCCGUCAUUGCUUUGCGCGACGCCAACCUCGUUACCUUCGUGGAGCAGAGCGGCGACCCCUUGGUGAGCGAGGGCGGCGCGGAGCCCCCGGCCAAGAAGCAGAAGAAGGGCGGCUGGCUCGUGAUCCACUUCAAGAAGAUGACGUGGGCCGCCAUCCAGAACAAUCCGCAGUCGAGGGAGGCGGCGGAGCAGCUGCGCCUGAGCGCGGACAACUUCGACGCGUGA